AUGAAUAUAUGGGUAGCAGCAAGUGACGGCAGACUAGACGUAGUCAAAUCUUUUUUAACCGACUCCACUGGGCUGACGGCUAACUCUGCAGAUCCGAAUGGUUAUACACCGAUUCACGCAGCUGCUGCAUAUGGACACAUCGAUAUGCUUCGGACUCUAUGUCGAGAGUACGACGGUGACAUCAACAUUAGAGAUGCUGACGGAGACACGCCGUUGCAUCACAUAGAAGAUGUCGCCACUGCUACUUUCAUUAUCGAAGAAUUGAAUGGUGCCUACAAUUUGACCAAUAAUGAGGGAAAGACUGCAUUACAAGUAUUUGAGGAAAAUGCAGAAGAUCCGGAUCUAAUAGAAUACAUGAAACUGAAAUGUGGUAUUCCGCUACAAACGGACAGUUUUGGUAUCGACAAAGACGAACUGGCCCAAUUCAAGGAUAAUAUACAUUAUACUCUUCAAAAUGAGACUGCAUUUGACGACUUGGACGAGGAAUCGCUGGCGCGUAGGAAAAAACUAGAGGAAAUUAUUCAAGGUGAUAACGCUGAGCAGGAGCUUGAGAACUACAUUAGAGAGAUGAUCAGAUCGUCCCAGAUACUAGAUGGUUCAACGGAAUCCCAUGAUGAGGAACCGGACACCAAACGGAGACGAUAA